AUGGACAGACUUAGAAGUGCCUUUGACAAGGGCAAAGAAAAGCACCAUGUUGUCGAGGAAAAGGUGGGAGAUUCUGAUGAUAUCCCCCUUUCACCAGGCCAGUCCAUCAAGCUCACCACGGUUAGGUCGCAGGAAUUCGACCCUAUGGACUCGAAACUUGAAAAUACCAUUCUUGAAGACGUCUAUGCGGCGCCCAUAGUCGAAGACGACUCGCCAUACCCCGAGGUCAGAGCAGCGGUACCCUCGACCGACGACCCUUCUGUUCCGCAAAAUACUAUCCGGAUGUGGGUUAUCGGCAUGAUUUUAACCACCAUUGGUUGUGGAUUAAACUUGUUAUUUUCGCUCCACAGUCCUCAGGCCCAACUUUCAACCUAUGUCACCUCCAUCUUGGCCUGGCCCAUCGGCACGGCAUGGGCUCGGUUUCUUCCCAACAUCAAGAUUUUUGGCCUCGAGUUGAACCCCGGUCCAUUCAAUCUUAAGGAACAUGCUCUUAUCACCAUCAUGGGUAACGUCUCGUUUGGUGCUAGUGGUGCUGCCUACGCUACCGACAUUUUGCUUGCUCAGAAUGUUUACUACAAGCAAGACUUUGGCUGGGGUUUUGAUCUUGUGGCUAUCUGGAGUACCCAGUGUAUUGGCUUUGCUCUUGCCGGAAUCAUGAGAAAAAUCUUGAUUUACCCUUCUUCCAUGAUUUACCCUCAGCAGUUGAUCACCGCUACGUUUUUGACCAACAUGCACAUCAACAAGAACGUUCCCGCCAACGGGUGGAAAAUCAGUAGAAUGGCUUUCUUUGCUGUGAUUUUCACCUCCAGUUUCUGCUGGUACUUUUUCCCCGGUUUCAUUUUCCAGGCGCUAUCGUACUUUGCCUGGAUCACCUGGAUCAAACCAAAGAACGUCAUCGUCAACCAGAUCUUUGGUGCUCAAACUGGUUUGGGAUUGUUCCCGAACUGCUUCAGUUUGGACUGGAACCAAAUUGCUGCCUAUAUUGGAUCACCUUUAAUUCCUCCAGCUCCAGUCAUUUUCACCAUUGCCAUUUCUAUCGUUCUCAUCUUCUGGAUUAUAGUGCCUGCUAUCCACUACUCCAACACCUGGUACGCCCAGUACUUGCCCAUUUCCAGUUCUGGGUCGUUUGACAAUACUCAACAAUCAUACAAUGUGCUGAGAAUCGUCUCCAAGGAUUUGGGUUUCAACAAGAAAGCUUACGAAGCUUACUCUCCAUUGUUCCUUUCCACCACAUUUGCUAUCAGUUACGGCUUGUCGUUUGCAUCGAUGACAUCCACCAUUGUUCACACCAUCUUGUUCCACGGCAAAGAUAUCAUUAACCAAAUCAAGAUGAAAGAUAAGCCCGAUGUUCAUACUCGUCUCAUGAAACAAAAUUACAAAGAUGUUCCAACCUGGUGGUUUGGCGCUGUUUUCUUGGUGUUCUUUGGGUUGUCCAUCGCUACUGUUCGUGCUUGGGACACCCAAAUGCCAGUAUGGUGUUUGAUAAUUGCCUUGCUUAUUGCCAUUGUUUUCUUGAUUCCCGUGGGUGUAAUUUAUGCCAUCACCAACAUCGCCGUGGGGUUGAACGUGGUGACGGAAUUUAUCAUCGGUUACAUGCUUCCUGGUAAACCAUUGGCCAUGAUGUUCUUCAAGACGUUUGGCUACAUCACCAACAACCAAGCCGUCACAUUUGUCUCCGACAUGAAGUUGGGCCACUAUAUGAAAAUCAGCCCUCGUCUUUUGUUCUCUGCUCAAUUCAUCGCUACCAUCUGGGGUUCAUUGGUGCAAAUUGCAGUGUUGAGAUGGGCUUAUGGUUCCAUCGAAGACUUGUGUUCGCCAACUCAAAAGGACCAUUACACUUGUCCUAAUGGUGGAGUGUUCUUCACCGCCAGUAUUAUUUGGGGAGUCAUUGGCCCUCAGCGUCAAUUUUCUCAAGGCCAAAUUUACUACGGCUUAUUGUUCUUCUUCCUUAUUGGUGCCAUUCUUCCCGUCAUCAACUGGUUGAUUUUGAAAAAAUGGCCCAAUAGUUUGGUUAAGCACGUCAAUUGGCCCGUUUUCUUCUCGGCUACAGGUUACAUUCCUCCUGCUACCGCAUACAAUUACGCCUCGUACUGUGUGGUCGGGCUCACCUUCAACUACUUUAUCAAGAAAAGAUGGUUUCACUGGUGGAGUAAGUAUAAUUACUCAUUGUCCGCUGGAUUGGACAUUGGGUUGGCAUGGGCACUUUUGAUGGUGUUUUUGUGCUUGUAUUUGACCAAUGCUCAGUUCCCUAGCUGGUGGGGAAAUAGUGUGGUGGCUGGAACUUUGGACUCGAAUAACUUGGCUAUCAGAACCAUGCUUAAGCCAGGUGAGACCUUUGGUCCAUCGCUGUGGUAG